AUGGGUUCUCUUGGUCCGAACUUGAUAGUUUUAUGGGAGCUACGAAAUCUUAUAACCAAAGGAUCAAGAUACCCAACUCCAGAAAAUAUUCUCCAAUUUGAAAUAUUGGAAAACAUUUUUGCUAAUGUGUCAGUUGCAAAGGAAUGGUAUAAAAAUCCUUUCCCAUUGAGUAAAAAUUUCCAAUUAACCAAAAGAGGCCAAAUUGAACCUUAUUUCGAUGGUUUACAAUCUCGUAAGAGAUACCGAAAGUUUUGGGAUGGGAUUAAAUAUGAUCCGGAAGUUAUAAGAUUUCAAAGUACUCAAACUUCAAGAACCGGUAUGUCGACAAUGUCCUUUAGUGAAGGAUUAUUCAAUGGUUAUGGGCCUUUAGACACUUGUAAAAGUCAACCUAUUUACUAUCGGAAUGUACCACUGGAACAAGACGCUGAAUUAAGUAUGUUUACCGCCUGUCGUCGUUGGAAUGAGACUGUUGAUAGUAAUAAUGCAUUACUUGACGAACAAGCCUAUGCCUAUGGUAACAAGACACUUGCGCCAAUUGCCAAGCGAAUUUCCGAAGAGUAUAAUAUUAGUCCACCUCUUGAUGCAAGACUAGUACCACAUAUUUUUAAUAAUUGCCAAUUUUGGCUCACCGUUUAUAAUCGAACUGAUGCAUGGUGUUCUUUAUUGAGUCCUAAAGAACUUAGAUUAUCACUCUAUGCUUGGGAAAUUAACUUUUAUUAUAGAUUCUCAUAUGGUAGUCCUUUAAAUACACGAAUAGGUUGUAGAUAUGUAACUCAAUUGGUAAAUGGAGUCGAGGAUUAUUUGAAUGGGAAUUCUACUGUGAUAGCUGAUAUAAGGAAUGCUCACGGUCUCACUAUAGUAAUGGUGUUUACUACAAUCGUAUUAUUUAAAAACCCAUAUCCACUCACGGCAAAUUUAACCUUUGAACAAAUUCAAAACAUCGAAUAUACAGAAUUUAGGGUUGUACACUGGUCUUCUACCGUUUAUUUCGAAAUUUAUGAAUGUUCCGAUCACGUAUACAUACGUCUGUUACUUGAUUUUAAACCGAUGUUUAUUCCGGGUUGUGAUAGUGAAUAUUGUGAGUGGAACAAAUUUAAAGAGAUUCUUGGUGAUAAGAUUGGGUGCGACUUUGAGAAAAUGUGUGCUUAUCCUUGA